ACAUCAGCCUUCCACGUCAGAGUCAGGCAUGACAUGGUGCCUGUCUCAGAGCUCAGCUGUGCUAGGCUUCCAUUUGGUGGCUGAUAAGGCACUCUCCUCACUUUGUCUUGACCAGACAGAUUCUGCAAGGCGAGGAAGCUGUGAUGGUGUGUGUGCAGGGGCGCGGGGGGUGUGGUGGGGGGAGGUUAGGGAGAGAGGGACAAAGCACACAUAGAACAGGCAUUAUCUGUGCAUUGUAAAUGACUGGCUUUUUUUUUUUUAAGUAUUAGGUUCUAGUGUAUAUUUGGACAGUGCUGGGGAUGGGUGGUCUGAGACAGCUUCUCCAGGAAGCUGACUUGCAGAAGUGACUAAGGGUUUGGGAGCAACACGUACGAUUGGGCAUUGAGAUAUAGAGUACCAAAUGUCUUCAAAGAUUUUUAGCCCAGAUGUUACUCAGAGCACCUAUGCUCUCCCAUUCGUGGAGGGAAACUGAGUCCAAAAGAAACAGCCAGCAAUGGCUUUGAAUGACCGGCCGGGCGAAAAACCCGUGUUCUUUUCCCCUUACAUGGCAGACUCUUAGCACAUGUAUGACAUAUGCCUCUGUGCGACCAUAGGCUCAAAAGCCUGCGAGUUACAGGGACCCCUCUCCUCUCUCGACCAGAGGAGCAGGAUCGAGACUGUCUGGUCAGGGUCCCCACCUCUGUCCCCUAAGCUUGUGGGACUAAGUGACCCCAGGCUGGGGCUGGAGUAGCACUCACCACCCCGGGGUGUCGCGGGGGGCUGGGGCGGGGAAAGCGGCCGCCUAGCCCAGCCCCGUGGAUGACAGGAGCCGGGGAGCCGAGGAGGGAGGAGCCGCCGCCGCGCGCUGGGCUGAGGAGCAGAGAGAGCGGGGCGCCGAGUGCGGGCGGCUGGGAGCGCGCUGAGCGGGGGAGAGGCGCUGCCGCACGGCCGGCCACAGGACCACCUCCCCGGAGAAUAGGGCCUCUUUAUGGCAUGUGGCUGGUAACUUUCCUCCUGCUCCUGGACUCUUUACACAAAGCCCGCCCCGAGGAUGUCGGCACCAGCCUCUACUUUGUAAAUGACUCCCUGCAGCACGUGACCUUCUCCAGUUCUGUGGGUGUGGUGGUGCCCUGCCCGGCAGCUGGAUCCCCCAGUGCGGCUCUCCGAUGGUACCUGGCCACGGGGGACGACAUCUACGAUGUGCCACACAUCCGGCACGUGCAUGCCAACGGGACUCUGCAGCUCUUCCCUUUCUCCCCCUCCGCCUUCAAUAGCUUUAUCCACGACAAUGACUAUUUCUGCACUGCAGAGAACGCAGCCGGCAAGAUCCGGAGCCCUAACAUUCGCAUCAAAGCAGUUUUCAGGGAACCCUACACCGUCCGGGUGGAGGAUCAAAGGUCAAUGCGUGGCAACGUGGCUGUCUUUAAGUGCCUCAUCCCCUCUUCAGUGCAGGAAUACGUUAGCGUCGUGUCUUGGGAGAAAGACACGGUCUCCAUCACUCCAGAAAACAGGUUUUUCAUCACAUCACAUGGUGGACUGUACAUCUCGGACGUGCAGAAGGAAGAUGCUCUCUCCACCUACCGCUGCAUCACCCAGCACAAAUACAGUGGGGAGACUCGUCAGAGCAACGGAGCUCGGCUCUCUGUGACAGACCCUGCAGAGUCCAUCCCUACCAUCCUGGAUGGCUUCCACUCCCAGGAAGUGUGGACUGGCCACUCGGUAGAGCUGCCCUGUGCUGCUUCCGGCUACCCCAUCCCUGCCAUCCGCUGGCUCAAAGAUGGCAGACCCCUCCCUGCUGACAGCCGCUGGGCUAAGCGCAUUACAGGGCUGACCAUCAGUGACCUGCGCACUGAGGACAGCGGCACCUACAUCUGUGAGGUCACCAACACCUUUGGGUCAGCAGAGGCCAACGGCAUCCUCACAGUCAUUGACCCUCUUCAUGUGACCCUGACACCAAAGAAGCUGAAGACGGGCAUCGGGAGCACGGUCAUCCUAUCCUGCGCCCUCACAGGCUCCCCAGAGUUCACCAUCCGUUGGUACCGCAACACAGAACUGGUGCUGCCGGGUGAGGCCAUCUCCAUCCGUGGGCUCAGCAAUGAGACUCUGCUCAUCUCCUCGGCACAGAAGAGCCACUCGGGAGCCUACCAGUGCUUCGCCACCCGCAAGGCCCAGACAGCCCAGGACUUUGCCAUCAUUGUGCUGGAAGGACCCCCCAGCAUCCGGGCAAUGAGGAACAUCACGGCAGUCGCCGGGCGGGACACACUCAUCAACUGCAGGGUCAUUGGCUACCCCUACUACUCCAUCAAGUGGUACAAGGAUGCCCUGCUGCUGCCCGAUAACCACCGCCAGGUGGUGUUUGAGAAUGGGACUCUCAAGCUGACGGAUGUGCAGAAGGGCAUGGAUGAGGGGGAAUACCUGUGCAGUGUUCUCAUCCAGCCACAGCUUUCCAUCAGCCAGAGUGUCCACGUGGCCGUCAAAGUGCCCCCUCUGAUCCAGCCCUUCGAGUUCCCCCCUGCCUCCAUCGGCCAGCUGCUCUACAUUCCCUGUGUGGUGUCCUCGGGGGACAUGCCAAUCCGCAUCACCUGGAGGAAGGACGGACAGGUGAUCAUCUCAGGCUCAGGCGUGACCAUCGAGAGCAAGGAGUUCAUGAGCUCCCUGCAGAUCUCCAGCGUCUCCCUCAAGCACAACGGCAACUACACUUGCAUCGCCAGCAACGCAGCGGCCACUGUGAGCAGGGAGCGCCAGCUCAUCGUGCGUGUGCCCCCUCGAUUUGUGGUGCAGCCCAAUAACCAAGAUGGCAUCUACGGCAAAGCUGGUGUGCUCAACUGCUCGGUAGAUGGCUACCCACCACCCAAGGUGAUGUGGAAGCAUGCCAAAGGGAGUGGGAACCCCCAGCAAUAUCACCCGGUGCCCCUCACUGGCCGCAUCCAGAUCCUACCCAACAGCUCCCUGCUGAUACGCCACGUCCUGGAAGAGGACAUCGGCUACUACCUCUGCCAGGCCAGCAACGGCGUGGGCACCGACAUCAGCAAGGCCAUGUUCCUCACCGUGAAAAUCCCAGCAAUGAUCACAUCUCACCCCAACACCACGAUCGCCAUCAAGGGCCACCCCAAGGAGCUGAACUGCACUGCGCGUGGCGAGCGGCCCAUCAUAAUCCGCUGGGAGAAGGGGGACACAGUCAUUGAUCCCGACCGUGUCAUGCGCUAUGCCAUUGCUACCAAGGACAAUGGCGAUGAAGUGGUCUCCACGCUUAAGCUCAAGCCAGCUGACCGUGGGGACUCCGUGUUCUUCAGCUGCCAUGCUAUCAACUCAUAUGGAGAGGACCGAGGUUUGAUCCAGCUCACUGUGCAAGAGCCCCCUGACCCCCCAGAGCUAGAGAUCCGGGAGGUGAAGGCCCGGAGCAUGAACCUGCGCUGGACUCAGAGAUUUGAUGGAAACAGCAUCAUCACCGGCUUUGAUAUUGAAUACAAGAACAAAUCAGAUUCCUGGGAUUUUAAGCAGUCCACACGCAACAUCUCCCCAACUAUCAACCAGGCGAACAUCGUGGACUUACACCCUGCAUCGGUGUACAGCAUCCGCAUGUACUCCUUCAACAAGAUCGGGCGCAGCGAGCCAAGCAAGGAGCUUACCAUCAGUACGGAAGAGGCUGCUCCUGAUGGGCCUCCCAUGGAUGUCACCUUGCAACCAGUGACUUCACAGAGCAUCCAGGUGACCUGGAAGGCACCAAAGAAGGAGCUGCAGAAUGGAGUCAUCAGGGGAUACCAGAUUGGCUACCGGGAGAACAGCCCUGGCAGUAAUGGGCAGUACAGCAUUGUGGAAAUGAAGGCGACGGGGGACAGUGAGGUCUACACCCUGGAUAACCUCAAGAAGUUCGCUCAGUACGGCGUGGUGGUCCAAGCCUUCAACCGGGCAGGCACGGGGCCCUCAUCUAGUGAGAUCAAUGCCACCACCUUGGAGGAUGUGCCCAGCCAGCCUCCAGAGAAUGUCCGAGCUCUGUCCAUCACUUCUGAUGUGGCUGUCAUCUCCUGGUCGGAGCCCCCACGAAGUACCCUCAAUGGUGUCCUCAAAGGCUACCGGGUCAUCUUCUGGUCACUCUACGUUGAUGGAGAGUGGGGCGAGAUGCAGAAUGUCACCACCACAAGGGAGCGAGUGGAGCUUCGCGGUAUGGAGAAGUUCACCAACUACAGCGUCCAGGUGCUCGCCUACACGCAGGCUGGGGAUGGUGUGCGCAGCAGCGUGCUCUACAUCCAGACCAAGGAAGAUGUUCCAGGCCCCCCUGCUGGCAUCAAAGCUGUCCCUUCAUCAGCUAGCAGUGUGGUCGUGUCCUGGCUGCCCCCAACCAAGCCCAAUGGGGUGAUCCGCAAAUACACCAUCUUCUGUUCCAGCCCUGGGUCCGGUCAGCCGGCUCCCAGCGAGUACGAGACCAGUCCUGAACAGCUCUUCUACCGGAUCGCCCACCUGAACCGGGGACAGCAGUACUUGCUAUGGGUGGCUGCGGUCACCUCUGCAGGCAGGGGGAACAGCAGCGAGAAGGUCACCAUUGAACCUGCUGGCAAGGCCCCAGCAAAGAUCAUCUCAUUUGGAGGCACUGUAACAACACCCUGGAUGAAAGAUGUCCGGCUGCCUUGCAAUUCAGUAGGAGAUCCAGCCCCGGCUGUGAAGUGGACCAAGGACAGUGAAGACUCAGCAAUCCCCGUGUCCUUGGAUGGACACCGGCUUAUCCACACAAACGGCACACUGCUGCUUCGUGCUGUGAAGGCUGAAGACUCCGGCUAUUAUACCUGCACAGCCACCAACACUGGUGGCUUUGAUACCAUCAUCGUCAACCUUCUGGUACAAGUUCCCCCGGACCAGCCCCGCCUCACUGUCUCCAAAACCUCUGCCUCUUCUAUCACCCUGACCUGGAUUCCAGGAGACAAUGGGGGCAGCUCCAUCAGAGGCUUCGUGUUGCAAUACUCUGUGGACAACAGCGAGGAGUGGAAGGAUGUGUUCAUCAGCUCUAGCGAGCGCUCCUUCAAGCUAGACAGCCUCAAGUGUGGCACGUGGUACAAGGUGAAGCUGGCGGCCAAGAACAGUGUGGGCUCUGGGCGCAUCAGCGAGAUCAUCGAGGCCAAGACCCAUGGGCGGGAGCCUUCCUUCAGCAAAGACCAACACCUCUUCACCCACAUCAACUCCACACAUGCUCGGCUUAACCUGCAGGGCUGGAACAAUGGAGGUUGUCCCAUCACAGCCAUUGUCCUGGAGUACCGGCCCAAGGGGACCUGGGCCUGGCAGGGCGUCCGAGCCAACAGCUCCACAGAGGUGUUUCUGACAGAACUUCGAGAGGCUACGUGGUAUGAGCUACGCAUGAGGGCUUGCAACAGCGCCGGCUGUGGCAACGAGACCGCCCAGUUUGCCACCCUGGACUACGACGGCAGCACCAUCCCACCCAUCAAAUCUGCUCAAGGAGAAGGCGAUGACGUGAAGAAGCUCUUCACCAUCGGCUGCCCAGUCAUCCUGGCCACCCUCGGGGUGGCGCUGCUCUUUGUUGUACGAAAGAAGAGGAAGGAGAAGAGGCUGAAGAGGCUACGAGAUGCAAAGAGUUUGGCAGAAAUGCUGAUAAGCAAGAACAACCGAAGCUUCGACACCCCUGUGAAAGGACCUCCCCAGGGUCCACGGCUCCACAUCGACAUUCCAAGGGUCCAGCUGCUCAUUGAGGACAAGGAAGGCAUCAAGCAGCUGGGAGAUGACAAAGCCACCAUCCCAGUAACUGAUGCUGAGUUCAGCCAAGCUGUCAACCCACAGAGCUUCUGUACUGGUGUCUCUUUGCACCAUCCGGCCCUCAUCCAGAGCACGGGACCCCUCAUCGACAUGUCUGACAUCCGGCCAGGAACCAAUCCAGUGUCCAGGAAGAAUGUGAAAUCAGCCCACAGCACCCGGAACCGGUACUCAAGCCAAUGGACCUUGACCAAGUGCCAGGCCUCCACCCCUGCCCGAACCCUCACCUCUGACUGGCGCACUGUGGGCUCCCAGCAUGGUGUCACCGUCACUGAGAGUGACAGCUACAGCGCUAGUCUAUCCCAAGACACAGACAAAGGAAGGAACAGCAUGGUAUCCACAGAGAGCGCUUCCUCCACCUAUGAGGAGCUGGCCCGGGCCUAUGAGCACGCCAAGCUGGAGGAGCAGCUGCAGCACGCCAAGUUUGAAAUCACAGAAUGCUUCAUCUCGGACAGCUCCUCAGACCAGAUGACCACGGGCACCAACGAGAACGCUGACAGUAUGACAUCUAUGAGCACACCCUCAGAGCCUGGUAUCUGCCGCUUCACAGCCUCUCCACCCAAGCCGCAGGAUGCUGACAGGGGCAAAAACGUGGCUGUGCCCAUCCCUCAUCGAGCCAACAAGAGUGACUACUGCAACCUGCCACUGUACACCAAGUCUGAGGCCUUCUUCCGAAAGGCAGAUGGGCGGGAGCCCUGCCCUGUGGUCCCACCCCGAGAGGCCUCCAUGAGGAACCUGACUCGAGCCUACCAUACCCAGGCCCGGCACCUCACUCUGGACCCUGCCAGCAAGCCCUUGGGCCUCCCCCAUCCAGGGGCCACCGCUGCCACCGCCACGGCCACCUUACCUCAGAGGACUCUGGCCAUGCCAGCCCCCCCAGCUGGCACGGCCCCCCCAGCACCUGGUCCUACUCCCAGUGAGCCCUCUGCUGCCCCUAGUGCUGCCCCUCCGGCCCCCAGCACUGAACCUCCACGGGCCGGAGGCCCACACACCAAAAUGGGGGGCUCCAGGGACUCACUACUCGAAAUGAGCACCCCAGGGGUAGGGCGUUCUCAGAAACAGGGGGCUGGCGCCUAUUCCAAAUCCUACACCCUGGUGUAGGAUGGCCGACAAAUGGAGAAGGGCUCCACACUGGGACCUCUGCGCCUCCAGCCCCCGCACACCAACGUGGCUGAAUUAUUUAUAUUAAGCUCACAGACAAAAAAAAAAAAAAAAAAAGACGUCAAAAAGAAAUCCCCAGUCAUGAACACUUGUACAUAGGACUCUUUUGUACAAAUGAAACUAUUUUCUUCUUCUCCAUGAAGCCAGGGCACAAAACAAGUCAAAUCCUCCACCCCACAAAACACGCGUGGAGAGAUAUAUACAUAUAUAGGCAGAGUGGGACACAGCGACAAUCUAUAUAUCUAUAUAUUUCUCUCACCUUCUUUUGAGACAGAGGCACAAAGACAGCAAUUUUUCUGCCCUCCUCACCCCCCUCCUCCCAACUAGGUGAUUUUGACAAAGACCAAAAUCCCAACUCAGAGACACUGCAUGCGAUUUUACUGUUCCAAGAAAACCGGGAGUUGCUUCAAUUUGCAGAUGCUUAUGUGCUAAUACCUUUUUCUAUGAAAAAAGACCCAGCGCCGUGUGCAAUAAAGGUUAUGUUUCUA